AUGGGAAAUUUUUCAGGAUAAUGUUUUGCUGAGGAACCAGAAGAAAGGAAUGGUAUAUAGAUUAGGAUAAACUAGUAAAAGGUUGACUAAUCUCAAAAUGUUUCAAUGCAGAAUAUAAAAAAGGAUUAGGACACAAACCUUUUUUAGUAUGAUUAAAAAGAGAUUACAGGAAUAAAUAAAACAAAUUUAGAAUGUUUAUUUUGUCAGAAUCAUUACAUAUAAUUGAGACAUUAAUAGAAUUUAGGUUUAAUACUAUAUCCUUAAAAAAGAUGGCAGGAAAGGAGAAGCCAUUCUUCCUAAAUUAAUUAAAUAAAAGAAUCAAAUGUAUUCACUGACCCUUUGGCUCUUCUUUAGAAUGAUCCAAUAUCUUAGUAUACAUCUGAAUGGUUCUAAUUGGCAUUAUCAUUACCAAAAUAUAUAAGAUCUAGAGAACAUUUUGAUGGUCUUCCAGAAUAAUAAUAAUUUAAUUUCCUUAAUUCUACAUUAGAAUUACAUGAUCUUCAUUCUCUUAUAUGUUUGAAAUGGUGUGUAGUUGAUUUUUUUAGACAAAAGAAUUCUUUGUUUCCAAGAAAUCAUUUUUUGGAAAGUUGUUGCGUAAUAUUUUAUAAUAUUGCUCAUUUAUGUUAAUUUUAUAAUGAAUUAUUUAUGGAGAAUUAUUAAGAAAAUUAAUAUGCUCAUAAUAUAAGACUUUAUAUAAAGUUAUAUCAUUAAUAUUAGAAAUUAAUGAACACCUUUUAAAAUUCAUAUGAUUUAUAAUGUGAUUUAUUACAAAUGAAGUAUGAAAAACAAUUUAAUAUUUAAAAAGAUGAUUCUAAUUUCUAUCCUCAUUUUAAAUUAAUAGGAUAUAUGAUUAGAUUUUGGUGUUAAAUCACAUUAACAACAGAUGUACAGAAUAUUCUAAAAUUGAGUUAUAGAAAUCUAAAUUUAGAAGAUGAUGAAGAUUUAAUUUAACAAUAUGUAAUCGUUGCUUUAGAUGUAGAUAUAGAUGAAUACAAUGUUCAUUGGAUUGGCCAUAGAGAAUAUUUUAGAUUUGAGAAAACUUUAUUAGACUAUAAUAUUAUUGAAUAAUUAGUAGAAUAAUAAUCUAUUUCUAAUUCUGAUUUCUAUUAAUAAAUUGAUAAAAAAUUGGAUAAAUUGAGAUUGUUAUAUCCCUAAUGGUUUUUUGAAGUAGAAUUUGAAUGUUUAGGAAUUUAACAUAAAAUUGCAAGAUUAGUUUCAGAUGUUAAAUCUUAGAAUUCAUCUGAAAUUGCUAAACUGAAGAAAACAGAAGAUAUUGAUAUUUUAGAGAAUGGUGGUAAUUAUUAAUUUGAAAUUAUUUUAAAUUCUGUCAACACAUUAAAAUAAGAGAAUUCUGAAGAAAAAGAAGUUGAGUUAAUGGCAUUAUACUUAUAGGAAUCUAAUUUAAUGCCUAGAUCUAAAUUUAGAUAAUCUUGCUCUUAUGAAUCGACAAUUACAUCAUUUGGUUUUAAAUAAAAAGGAUUUAAUUAUUCAACAUAAAGUAAUUUAAAGGUUAGUUAAGAAGCUAUUCAAAUAAGUAAAGAGAUUGGAGUAGAAUAUAAAUAGAAAUUAACUGAAUUUAAUGAUCGAUUAUAAAGAGUCUAAGAUAAUAUCAGUUCAAGAGAGUAAAUCUUAAAAUAAAGAGCAAAACAAUUAAAAAUCCCUCUUGAUGUUAAUAUUGAAUGGUUGAACUUUUUUAAAAAAACAGAUUUUAGUAAAAUACCUGAAGCUGAAAAAACAUUUAAAAAUUUAAUCAAAAAUAUACUGCAAGAAUUGGUAUCUUUUAAUUCAAAUUAUGUAUCUCAAUUAAUUUAAUUCUAAUGA